UCAUCAUUCAUGAGAUGGGUGGGCAGAGUGUACGAGGCAGUGACGGACAGAAACUUUCUUGCUGAAGUCUAUCGACUCUUCCAGGGUUCUCAACCUGAUAUUUGAAGGACAGAGGCUUUACUUGGCGCACUGUGCAAACAACAGUCAUUUUAUUUGGUUGUGAAGAAUCUUUGGAGUUAUUGAUGCAUCGGGGAAGCCAAAGGGAUGGGGAGGAGAGAGCCAUGAUUUGAGAGCGUAACAGGCGAACUGGUGAAGGAAGAAGUUGCCUGGUUCCAUGUGCUGUAAAGAUGGGGACUCUGGUCGAACCAGCUCUGCUGCUUCUUUUAUGGCAGAGUGUUUGGGCUUUGGACGUCCCUCUGGAAAUCAGGCAGCCUCCGACCAUCAUAAAGCAGUCGAUGAAGGACCAUAUUGUUGACCCCAAAGACACCAUGGUCAUAGAAUGUGAAGCCAAAGGAAACCCUCAUCCCAUUUUCUCGUGGAGACGGAAUGGGAAAUAUUUCAACGUGGCACGUGAUACUCAAGUUUCAAUGCGCCGGCGUUCGGGGACCCUGGACAUCUAUGCCUGGAACAAUCCGGAGCAGUAUGAGGCCGAGUAUCAGUGCAUUGCCUCCAACGCGUACGGAUCUGCAUACUCCAACAAGAUCCGACUGCGGCUAUACAGAGCUCCUGUUUGGCCAAGGGAAGUCCUGGAGCCGCUGGUGGUCAGCGCUGGCUUGCCUCUGGUCCUGUCUUGUGACCCGCCACCAGGCCCUCCGAAACCUGAAACCUACUGGAUGUCCAGCUGCUCCUACGCGAGGCCUUUUAACUGGCCGGUUCAGACAGCUGUCCCCACCAUGCACCCUGUGCGGCCGGACCGCAGGGUAUCCAUGGGAAUAAACGGAGAUCUGUAUUUCUCUAACGUCCAGUUCAAUGACUCUGCUGCCGAUUACUGCUGCAAUGCCCGCUUCCCCUACAAGAACGUCAUCCAGCAGAAGAUGCCAGUGGUGGUUAAGGUGCUGACGAUUCGCACGGUGGCCGAGGCUGCCCCCACCUGGCUGUCUCCCACAGGCUCGUCCAGCUCCAUACUGGUCCUGCAAGGGGAGGAGCUGCUCCUGGAGUGCAUCGCUGCAGGAGUGCCGACUCCUCGUAUUGCAUGGACCAAGAAUGGUGACGACCUGGGGGCAUCGCCGCGCAUUAAAGUAAAGAACUUCAACAAGAUGAUUCAAAUCCAAAAGGCGUCCUUUGAUGAUGUGGGUGAAUACACUUGCACUGCUACCAAUAAGAUCGGAUACAUCGAGCACACAGUAACCGUCAGGGUCAAAGCGGCUCCCUUCUGGCUGGAGAAACCCACCGAUCUGGUCUUGGCCCCGGAGGAAAAUGGACGCCUCUUGUGUCAAUCGGAUGGGGCCCCGCGUCCCACAGUCAGCUGGUUCAUCAACGGAGAACCUAUUGAAGUUGCUACACCUCAGCCUAACAGACAAGUGUCGGGAGACACACUGACCUUACGCGCUGUGACCGCUGAAAACACUGCAGUCUAUCAGUGCAACGUUUCCAACGAGUUUGGGUACUUACUGGCCAACGCGUUUGUCAACGUGCUACACGCAACACCACGUAUUCUGGGGGCCAGGAAUGAACUCAUCAAAGUGAUCGAGGGUAGUCGUCCCCUCUUAGACUGCCGCUACUUUGGUUCUCCAGUACCUGAGUUGCGAUGGUCCAAAUACGGACAGGGUACCCUUGAAGGGAAUCGUUUUAAGACCCACCGUAACGGGACUCUGGAGAUCAAACAAAUACGGAUAGAAGAUCAGGGAACAUACCUGUGUGUAGUCAGCAACGUCGCAGGAAGAGAUGAGAGUCAAGUCCGGAUAGAGGUCAAAGAGCCCACUUUGAUUGUCACGAGACCGCAGAGUAUGAAAGUCAUCCGCGGGAGCGACGUGCGCUUUGAGUGUGGUGUAAAAACGGACGUUACUACUCCUGUCACAACCACCUGGAUGAAAGACAAGAAGCAUGUCACCCUUGGCUGGAGGAUUUCUCUGGAUGAAUCGAAUCUAGUCAUCACCAAUGCAAACAGAGGCGAUGAGGGUAAUUACACCUGUGUCAUCAAGAGUGAGAUGGAGCAGAAGUCUGCCUCGGCACGUCUCAUGGUGAUGGACCGUCCAGAUCCUCCCACCAAGUUGGAGUUGUCCGAUCCAUAUGAACGCAGUGUAAGACUCCGUUGGGUACCUGGAGAAAGCAACCACAACCCUAUAACAGAGUACUUAGUGCAGUACGAUGAUGAUGACUGGUUGCCCGGUAAGUGGAGAAACCUCUCAACGUAUCCGGGGAACCUCAACUCUGUCAUCCUGCAUCUCACACCUUUCACCUACUACGAGUUUCGGGUAAUCGCUAUCAAUGAAAUCGGAAUGAGUCGCCCCAGUCGUCCGUCUACACGCUUCCAGAGCAGCGGUGCUCCCCCAGAUGUCAUUCCAAAGAACGUCAAAGGGGUGGGCACAUGGAGGAAUAACAUGGAGAUCAGCUGGGAGCCGCUGACGUACAGACAGUGGAACGGGCCCCACCUGAAGUAUUUGGUGUGGUGGAAAAGGAGAGAUUCCCGAGAGGAGUGGAAGAACGCGACCACUAAAUGGUUAAAGUACUACAUCUACGAUGCAGAUACCUUCACUCCGUAUGACAUCAAAGUCCAGGCUGUCAAUGAUUUUGGAUUGGGUCCAGAGUCCCCUGUUGUCACCGGUUACUCCGGGGAGGACCGUCCCUUAACGGCCCCCCUGAACCUGAGAGUGUCCGACAUCGAGAGCACUCAGGUGACGUUGCACUGGGAUUCAGUGACACGCGGCUCAAUGAUGGGGGAACUGAAAGAAUACAAGGCCUACUACUGGAGGGACAGCAGCCAGCUGGGGUGGCUGAGGGUCAAUAGAGGAAUGAAGUCCAAAGCGUAUCCAGACAAUCAUCCAGAACCCUCGGGAGUUCUCACCGGGCUCGUCCCGUACAGCAACUACAAGUUGUAUAUAGUCGUGGCAAACAAUCGAUACGAAGGGCCGCCCAGUAAUAAUAUCGUCUUCUCAACGCCGGAAGGAGUACCAUCUGCUCCCAGAUCAUUCAGGAUCCAACAGAGACACCUGGACAGCAUUUAUGUCGACUGGGACCUUCCGGCCGAACCCAACGGUGUCAUUACCGGAUAUUCCCUGAAGUACCAGACAAUGAACGCCACCAGGGGAGAGGAGUCGCGGGUCGAGGAGCUCACUCCAAACGUAACAAGCUUCUCGGUCCGGCGGUUCGACCGCUACACUCGUUACAGAUUCUCCGUGGCGGCACAAACUCGCAUCGGGACGGGGGAAUGGCACACUGAGGAGUCACCCCACUACACCACUGAAACGUACGCGCAGGACCAGGUGGACAUCACCACUCAGGGGUGGUUCAUCGGGAUCAUGUGUGCCGUAGCUCUCAUGGUGCUCAUCCUACUCAUAGUCUGCUUCAUCAAGAGGAGCCGAGGGGGGAAAUACCCGGUGCGGGAAAAGAAAGAUAUUUCCAUGGAGCCGGUGGAUGACAAAGAUCAGGAAGGGUCGUUUGACUACAGGUCUCUUGAAAGGAUAGCACGUAUCUCCACCCUGCCCUACCCACGGCGAGAGGAGGAAAGGGGGCUUCAAAGAGGCCAGUCGUCCAUGGAGGCUAUGAUGAAGCGGUCCGACAGCGACGACAGCCUGGUAGACUACGUCGAGGGAAGCGAGAUACCGUUCAACGAGGACGGCUCGUUCAUCGGCCAGUACACAGGAACCAGGAGAGACGUCAGGGAGUUGGACUUUGGUGGGACACUGGAGCUCCACUCGUCAGUGAAUACCAUCUACUCGCUGGCGUAAAAAAACUCAAAAGUCAAACUGCCUUUCUGGUUAUCCUGUGACUCUGCUUGUACCCUCCACCUUAAAUUCCGAAACAUGUGGUGCCUGUGCGGCGUGUCUGCAGAAGGGGAGGUGCUACGACCCCGUGUCCAAUGCAGAUUAAGCAACUUUCCUGUAUUUAAAGAAAAUGGAAAAAAUAAUUGGGACAAUACAAGAGAUGAGAUGCUCGUUCAUCUGAUGGAAUCUAGUAAAGCAAGCUUUACUUUCUGUGUUUUGUAUUGUGUUUUGUGUAAAUAAAAUGCUAUUUGUUUGUGCUUAUGGAUGAGUACGUCUUUAGUUAUCCUACCGAUGGAGGGACCCUGGCUACAUCCAAGGAGAAGGAAUAGAUCAGUUUAUAAUGUUGAUAAAAGCAGUAACAAGGAUCAACUUUACUACUCUUUGUACAUAUUUUUCUUUCAGCUUAUUUCAAUAGUUUCAACAGUAAGAGAUUUGUGUUUUUUCAUGUGUGAUUAAAAUAAGCUGCAUACCACACUUUUUAAAUAUCAAGGGAGCAACAAUAUACUCCGUAAACUUAGAUUAUGUCGUCUUUGUUUUAUAAACUAGGGUUAAUGGUGCAAUCUGAGAGUAUAAAAGUGUUGUUGGUGAUAGAUAAGGACUAUAUCAUUAACCGUAUGUGGACUAAUACUUGGUCUGCAUUGUCACUGCUGAACCAAGCUGAACCCAUUCAGGGAAUCAGAAAGCCGCCAUAAACCAAAUGGUAAUUCAGAAGUAGCUUAUGUUUCUCUAUGAGGUUGACAGAACUGUGUCCGCCUUUACCUCACUAUGGAGAUCAUUCAUCUUGAUUUAACAACUUUAGUUUAUGGACUCACAACGUCCUGUGUACUGCCACAGUUGUAUCGUUAGAUGGAAAUAAAGUGGAAAUAUUCAUUUCUA